AUGUUUAGUUUUGUCCGCAGGCUGCGUUGCUUUAGUGGCGGCGAGGUCAGCCACCGGCAGGCCGCUUGUUCGUGGCUAGCAAGAUCGCGUGCAUUGUUUGUCGAGGAGAUCGGUGAUGUCGAUGCAACUGUCUUUUACGACGGAUCGUCAGUUUUUGACGAGUCUCUGGGGUCGGAGGAUGACUUGCCCGAAGAUUUCUCGCACUACAUCAUUUUCGAUGUGGAAGGUAUUUAUAAUGUUGUUGUCUCUACUUUGCUGGAGUUUGGGGACGUAAAUAAAAGUGAUGAUCAAAUGAAUAUUGAUGAUUAUGGAAGCGUGCAACCUAGCCUAUCAUCUAAUGCCUUGUUGUGGCUUGAUGGUGGAUUUGUGACAGACAUUGUUGACAUGGCUGAUGGAAUGGUCUUCAAAUUUGAAGAAGGAUUUCUUCACUAUACAAGCUCGAUUUUGAACAUUGCACCACUCUUUUAU